UUUCACAUUGCUUUUGUUUUUUCAGAAAUGAAGGUUAAAGAUAAGAAGGAUAAUCAAACAGAUGAAAGUUUACUGCACUCUGCUGUAGAGCUUCUGAAGAAUGGAGGAUGUCAAUUGAAAGCUCUUCAUCUAAACUUGACUUCAUAUUGCCCUGGGAUUAGAAGGAAACAUGUAUAUAAGAUAAUCUCUUCAAACCCGGAAAUAUUUAUAUUUAACUCAGUUAUAGAGGGCAGUGGUGCUACUCUUGUUAAAAAGGAUACUAUUAUAACUCUGAAUCCUGAUUACUCCACCAACCAAGUCCAAAACAAAGAUCCCACUGCAGAUUUGUCAGAAGAUCUAUUCACAAUAGCCACCAUAAUCUGUGUUCUAAGACAGGAGAUGCCCUGCUCAUUAAAAAUUCUCCACCUGAAUUUGUCUGAAUACAAUCUGGAAAUAAACAAAAAGAAAUUGUUGAGUAUUCUGAAUGGAUCUCAUCAGAUCUUCACAAUAUUGUAUGAUGUGAGUUCUACAUCCAGAUCAAACCCAGUGGUAUCUUUGAACCAGGAGACUUACAUUUUAUUGUCUAAACAACCUAAUAAAGACACUUCAAAAGGCAAGUUCUAA